CGAACUCUCUCCAAUCUGGCAACCCGGAGAAUGAGCCGCUCCAGCCUCGCACGCGCUUUCCGUGUUUCUUUCUAACCCCAGAUUUCAGCCGAUGGAGAAUCCGGAUUAAUUAUAAUAAACUAUUAUCCGGAUUAUUAUUAUAAAAUGACGGAUUACGGAGAGGAGCAGCGGAACGAGCUGGAGGCGAUUCAGUCCAUUUAUCCCGAUUCAUUCACAGUUCUGUGUGAAGAGCCGAUAAGUUUCACCAUCACAGUUUCCUCAGAUGCUGGAGAGAGUGAUGAGACAGUACAGGUGACGUUGAAGUUCACGUACGUGGAGAAGUACCCAGAUGAAGCGCCGCUGUGGGAGAUUCAGUCACAGGAGAACCUGGAGGAUCGGGACACUGAGGACAUCCUGUCUCUGCUACAGCAGCAGGCGAUGGAGAACCUGGGCAUGGUGAUGAUCUUUACGCUGGUGACCGCUGUGCAGGAGAAACUGAAUGAAAUCAUUGACCAGAUGAAAGUGAGAAGAGAAGAAGAAAAGAGGAGAAAAGAAAGAGAAGCUGAAGAGGCUGAGAAGAAAGCAUUUCAGGGAACCGUGGUUACAAUCGAGAACUUCCUGGCGUGGAAGGCGCGGUUUGAGCGAGAGAUGGCUGAGCUGAAGAGGAAAAAACAGAAAGAGGACGAACAGGCAGGAAAAAACAAACUCACCGGAAAGCAGCUGUUUGAACAGGACCGGAACCUGGACACAUCAGAUAUUCAGUUCCUGGAGGACGCUGGAAACAGUGUGGAAGUGGACGAGUCCUUAUUUCAAGACAUGGACGAUUUGGAGCUAGACGAAGACGAUCCUGAUUUUGACCCCCUGGACUUGGGCAGCGAUGAUGAUUAAUGUUUAAUCAAUUAAUAAAAAAAUAAAUAGAAUAAAUAUUCUUUUCGUUUC